AAAUCAUAAUAAUUCCUCGAAAAGCACGUGCUGCUGAAGAACUCGAUUCUGCUACUGAAGUCAAUUAAUUAAGUCAGUUUCGAUAAGUCGAGAUAGGCCGGAAAUAAUAUUUGCGACCAACCCAAGAUGGAGGAGGCCCCUCAGCAGAAAGUGAGCUUUAUCCCCUGCCUCACCUGGGUCAGGCAAGGUAUCGGUCACGCCAAGGUGCAGAAGGUCAACCCGACAAAAGAAGAGUUACAGGAAAUUAUGAAAGAGAUGAAACUGAGAGAGGCAGAGUUUAAGGGUCGACCUGGUUCUGGUGGUGACAAGGAGGAAGACAGCGGAAGUGAUGCAGAAAAUAAGGACGUCGACGACUAUUACGACAUGGAUGAUUAUGACGAUGAAGUCGUAGGACCACCCGGGAUCACCAUUGAUAUGAAUUCCAUGCUCAACAAUGAAGAUGACGAUUCUCCAGAUACGGACGAUGAACCGGAUGAAUUUGUCGUCAAAGAUGAUGAUAACCUCAUCCUGUGUGGACAUGUUGAUGGAGAUGUGUGCAUGUUAGAAGUUUAUGUGUUCAACAAUGCGAAGGGAGAACUUUUCAUCUUGAAUGACAUGUUCCUCCCCAGCUACCCAAUCUGCAUUGAAUGGAUGAACUUCAACGCCAAGAAAAUGGACCAGCCAGGAAAUUAUGCAGCCGUUGGGUGUGUCACGCCGGAAAUUGGGGUUUGGGACUUGAACAUUAGUGGCAGUUUGGAACCUGCAUUUAAAUUGGGGACGCGUAAAAAGAAGACGAUGCGUCAUAAUGAUGCCGUUUUGGAUUUGUCGUGGCAUAGAGAUAACAGAGCUGUUUUGGCCAGUGGAUCAGCCGAUAAAACGGUAAUAAUUUGGGACAUGGAAAAAACCCAAGGCCUCACAAGAAUUGACUCAUUCGAGGAGAAAGUACAAUCAGUGGAGUGGCAUCCUUCCGAGGUUCAGUCGCUUUUGACGGGUUGCUGUGAUGGAAAAGUUCGGCUGUACGAUACUCGAAAUCCUAAACAUUUCAAGACAUGGGGCUUUGAGGGUGAAAUUGAACGUGUUCUUUGGAAUAAUUUUGACCCUUCUUACUACUUUGCUACAACCGAUAGUGGAAUGGUGUAUUAUGUCGAUACUCGAAAUACGAAGCCCGUCUGGACAUUGAAAGCUCACGACAAGGAGGCUACCGGAAUCUGUAUGAGCAGUCAGUACAAGGACAUGCUCAUGACUGCUUCGAUGGAUGAAUCCGUAAAAGUUUGGGAUCUUCAAGGCGGAACUCCAACUUUCGUGGCUCAGAAGAACAUGGCAAUUGGUCAAAUUUACGCCCUUUCUGCAUGUCCUGAUGUACCCUACGUAUUUUGUGGGGGUGGAUCCAAAAAAGAUAAUCAUUUAUAUGUAUGGGAUUCCAGAGAGAAUAAUACAGUUUCGGAACGAUUCAAAGGAAGAAAGAUGCAAAAACCCGUCGCAAACAGGAUGGACGUUGAUGAUGACGACGAUGCCGACGACCAACAGCCUUCUACAUCCCGCUCCUCCAAUAACAAAUUUGUCGAUGGCAGAAUAAACGUUAAUCCACGGUCCACCAAUUCUAAACAGUUGGUAAAUGCUGUGCACAAGGCGUCCAAAAAGAAUAAAAAGAAAAAGUCGCAUAAAGCAAUGCACCCAAAGACGACGAAGAAAGACGAAGAGUCGUAAUAACUUUUAACAACGUUAAUUCAUUGUCACUUUCCGUAUUUUUCUUACUAUUGUUAUGCUAUCAUUCAUUAUUGUACGUUAUCCACAAAUGAUAUAUGAUUUAAAAUAAAGUUGACACGAAAACAAGAA